AUGGUAAACGUCCAAGAAUGGUUAGACAAAGAAUAUUUUUCGGAAGAGAAAGAAAAGAUUGAAGAAAUAAAUUCGAGAGGUUUAAAAUUGGAAGAUAAAUUGAUUAUUGCUAGUUUCCAUAAUUUAAAGAAAGUAAACUUGCGAGAUGCUAAAGGAAUAACUAGAAUAGAAAUUAAAGAUUGUCCAAAUAUUGAAGAAAUUUUUACUUAUGAUAAUCAAAUAGAAGAGAUGGUAGGUCUUGAUGAAUUAUUCAAGUUAAGAAAAUUAGAUUUUGCUAAAAAUCAAAUAAAAAAAAUGGAUGUUAGUCAAAAUAUCAACCUAACUUAUUUGGUUUGUCAUGAUAAUCCAGAUUUGAAAGAGAUCACUGGGGUGGAAAAUCUUUCCCGAUUAAGUUUCUUUAAUGGAAAAUGGUCUAGUAAUGCAACAAAUAAAGGAACUGUUUUAAAGUUUGACUUGUUUGGCUUAGAAAAAAAAGAUAAAGAGUUGACUAAACGUAGAGAAUAUUAUUUGCACAGCAAGCAUCUUUUAAGAAUAGAAAAACAAUUAAUUCAAGAAUUUAGAAAGUUAAAAAUUUAUUUAGAAAAGGUUGCAGAAUUUAGUGACUUAAAACAAAAAAUUACCUAUUUAUUAAACUCAGCACAGGAAAAAAAAGAAUUUGAUAGUGAAGAGAAAAAGAACUUAGUAAAUUUAGUCAAAGAAACUAUUAAUAGCAAAUCGGACAUUACUAAGGCAUUUAAGGAUAAAAUUAGUGAAAAAGAAACAGAAUUAAGGAAAACUAAAGAAAGAUUAGAAAAAAUAAAAGAAGAAACAGAGGAAAAUAAGAAAAAUUGGAUAAGAACAGAUCUAGAAGUUGUUGAAGAGAUUUUAAAGGAAAUUGCUGAAUAUAGGGAAGAGUUAGAAAAUGCAAAAAUUCAAGAAUAUCUCCAAGAAGAAAAUUCGGCUCAAGCCCAACAAGAAAUUCUAUCUAAGUAA